AUGGAGGAGGACAACGGGACGGAGCCGUGGCACCGCAGCCUCCAAGCGAUGCUGGAUGCCUUGAACCAAACCUUACACGGGGCCGUCCUCCGCCCCACCGCCCCGCACAACGCCAGCGCCCGCGCCGGCCGGGAUGACAACGCCUACCUGUACAUCCUCUUCGUCAUGACGCUUUUCGCCGUCACCGUGGGCAGCCUCAUCCUGGGCUACACCCGGUCCCGAAAGGUGGACAAGCGCAGCGACCCGUACCACGUCUACAUCAAGAACAGGGUCUCCAUGAUCUGAGCCCGGUGCCUCCAUGCAGAACGAACCCCGCGGUGCUGAGCCCCGGCGUGCGGCAGGAGCACCGGUGUCACCUGCGGGCAGGUCCUGGUGCUGCAGAACCACUGCAGCUGGGGACGUGGGGAUGGUGGAGACGUCUCCUUUCCCACCGUUCCCAUGCCUUACUGAGGCUGGCAGGGGCUGUAAAAGAGGAAAAUUCCCUGCUCAGAGCAGCCAGCAUCACCUCCAAAGCGCGCUCUGCACUGCUUAGCGUGGGUUUUCCUGGGGCUAAAAGCUGUGAUUUCGGAGCCAGGCUGAGCCCCGCUUCGCUGGUGGGGAAUUAAAGGAGGUGGCGGUUCCCAA